GCCCGAGUGGCAUGAACGAGCUCCAACCUGUGAUGCUUCAAGUUGGUUUAUUAGUUUUUUUUAUCAAAGUUGGUUUAUUAGUUGGGUCGUAACACAACUGGCAUUUUCAUUUCCAAACAAACAAAAAAAAAACGCUGGGCUUGACAACAAAAGGCCCAACAUUAGGAACCAGGCCCGGCCAACCCCCGCACGUGACUGCCGUCCGCCGUUCCGGUCCUCGCCCGGUCGCCCCUCCCCGCGUCGUGCUCGUGUCGUGUCGGCCGUCGGUGGUUCCUGGAACUGGAAGGAAGGAGACCCGGCCCCUCGCCUCGUCUGACCUCUCUCGUCCCCUCCGCCAUCUCAUUUCGCUUCCCUUUACCUCCCUCCCCGGUGGAUGUGGAUCCAUACCGUGUCCUAGCCCUACAUCGCAGCGCGAAGCAAGGAGCCAUGGCGGCGGCCCAGCAUCAUCAGUUGUGGUGGCCGGGGCGGAUGGCAGCGGCGUUCGGGCCCUCCUUCCUCUGCCUCGUCUGCCUCAUCUACUUCAUCCAGGGUUUCAGGUCUUUCGUCUGGACAGCUGUCUCCUACCAAAUGAAGGACGUGAUGAAGCUAUCGCCCUCUACAUCGCAGUUUCUGGUCUCCCUUGCAUAUUUCCCUUGGAGCAUCAAACCUAUAUAUGGGAUCUUGUCAGAUUGCGUUCCAAUUAAACAGAGGAAGCGUAUACCCUAUUUGAUCAUUUCUAGUUGCCUUUCUCUACUUCCGUGGCUUAUCCUAGGACUAUCACAAGCUUUAAGGAGCUCAGCCAAUAUGCUCACUGCCUUGCUCAUAGUACAGAAUCUGGGAUCUGCGAUGGCGGAUGUUGUUAUAGAUGCAAUGGUUGCGGAAGCAGUUCGAUCAGCCGGGCCGGAGUUUGCUGGCGAUCUACAGUCAUUAUCUUGGUCAUCGAUGGCUGUAGGUGGGAUUUUUGGGAGUUUACUGGGAGGAUAUGCAUUAUCCAAUCUCCCAAUACAUGCAAUAUAUAUUGUUUUCUCAGUCCUCCCAUUCUUCCAAUUAGUUUCCUGCAUGUUUGUUGAGGAUUCUCCAAAAGGGUUCCACAACGCCAGUGAUGAACAUAAGUAUGUAGACAACCAGAGUUCUGUUACUGUUUUUUCUGGAAAAGGCUCUAGUGAGGGCACUAGAAGGCGAAAGGGAACUUCUAAAAGUAACAACAGAAGUCCACAGGCAAAGCGAACUGAGUCUAAUGAAAAACACAACGGGUCAAUUAAUUCGUUGCCAUGUUUGUCUCUGAGGUCAGCCUUCUUCAGUCUCUGCACAGCUUUUAAGCAGCCAAAUAUUCUGCGGCCUAUGGCAUGGUUUUUCUUUUCAAAUGUUACAAUUCCAAAUAUCUCCACAGUUAUGUUCUAUUAUCAAACAGAGGACCUAAAUUUGGAGGCAUCCUUUCUAGGGACUGCACGUGUGAUUGGGUGGUUCAGUCUGAUGCUUGGCACCUACACCUACAACCGCUAUUUUAAACAGAAGAAGCUCAGGAAUAUUCUUGUGUUUGCUCAUGUUGGUCUUGCCGUAAUUACCCUACUGGACAUUGUUUUGGUGUCACGGUUACAUGUUCAGUAUGGAAUUGCCGAUAAGUACAUGGUGCUGUGGGGUUCCGCGUUGGCUGAUGCAAUCAACCAGUUCAAGAUGAUGCCGUUCCUGAUCCUGUCAGGACAGCUUUGCCCACCUGGAAUCGAGGGCACACUGUUUGCUCUCUUCAUGUCAAUCAACAACCUUGGUUCAACACUAGGCUCAUUCCUGGGGGCUGCUAUGGCAUCAGCUUUGAACCUCUCCACAGCACAGUUUGACAAUCUUGCUCUGGGUUUGGGUGUACAGAUGAUUUGUACUCUCUUGCCGAUUGGGUUCCUAUCUCUGAUUCCAAAGGAAGUCACAGGGCUAACAUCAUAGGUUGAGCUGUGUACCAGAGAGAGAGGAAUAUACACAUCAUAGGAAGGAAAUUCAAGAUAGUUGGAAAAUAGACAGUUGUGUUGACAGUAUAUGUACAAGCUCUGUACCAGGACGAGAGAAAAAUAGAGUGCAAUAGAUCUGUAGGCAAAGAUUAAAAUCACUUGAUGUUGACAGAUGUUGAUGUUACUUGACAUGUGUAGAAAUGAGAACAAACAUGAAAGUGACGUUGCUAAUGAAUGAAUCUGUGCAUGUC